UUUGGCCCUCGUUUUCUGAAUUUUUUCCCCUCCGCCUCGCUCUGAAAUUGGAACAAGGUUCUCAGAUAGCUCAAGAUGCAGGCUCUACAGGAACGAGCCGACCUCACGGCACGGCUCUACGAAGACCCUCACAACCCACACCUCUACUAUGAGCGGGGCCUCAUUCACGAGAAAUUGGGAUUUCCCGACCUGGCGUCGGCCGAUGCAUACCGGGCUCUCUCCCUCCUCGACUCCGUCGUUGACCCCGACGGCUGCGAAUUCCACGCCCGACGCAGGAUCCAAGACCCAUCCGAUACAUCUAAGCCCGACGCAGAGAGCAGCGACGAAGACGACGAUGGCGAUGACGAUGACCAGUUCACCGCGCUCACACAGUCCGAAUACGACGCCCUCAUCCACCCCGUCUACGCCCUCUUAGUCCGCACCCUCGUCAGCUGCGGCUGUUUUCGGGAUGCCUACGAAUUCUGCGCGCAGGGCCUGAGCAGUAGCAGCAGUAGCCCCGCCCACUCGCCGAUCGAUCGCGCCGCGCACGCCACGCUCACCGCGCAGCUAGCCAUCCUCCAGCGAGAAUACGCGCGUCGCCGCAACGACCCGGUCCGAACUUCUUCCUCGUCGACGGAUAAUGAUGAUAAUGAACAACAAGAACAACAACAAGAACAACAACUCACGGAGCCGAUCGUAAUCGACGACCCCAGCGUGCUGCCUGCGCAGGGCUUCGCGCGUCGCGUCCUCUACCCGUGGAACGAGCACGAGCCCGACCGCAAAGCGCCGGCGACGCUGGCGCUACUGAACGAGAAGCUGCGGACGGUGGCGCCGAAGUGUGAAGUCCGGGCUGUGGCGUUGCCGGCGCUGCACUCUACCACCACCAAUACCACCACUCCAACCGACCCAACAAACCCCGCGAAGAAAGAGGAGGAGAAAGAAGAAGAAGAAGAAGUAAGCGUCCAACUAGGCCUCUUCGCGAAGGAAGCCAUCGCGCCGGGCGAGACCCUCCUCCACGAAACCUCGCUCCUAACGGCCACAAACCGGCUCCACGACGACCUCUGCGACGCCUGCAACGGACCCUUACCGGACCUCUCGGCCGCAGAGCCGCCCGUCCCCUGCGCAAACGGAUGCGCCGACACGAUCUUCUGCUCGCAGACGUGCCACGACGACGCACAGCGCGUCUACCACGGCGCCGUGUGCGGACUGAUGGAGAACCUCGAGUCGAUCGGCAAGGACAUCCCGGAUCCCAAGGACAAGGCCGAUUACCUGUAUCUGCUGCUGUUGGGCCGCGCGCUCGCUAUGGCCGCCACGCAGGCGGUGCAUCCGCUUGAGUUGGACGAGGUGAAGUUCAUUUGGGGUGAUUUCGUGGAUUACCAGCGUGCUCCGGAUGCGGAAGUUGAGAAAGGAGAUGAAGAAAGGGGAGGAGGGGACGGCACCCUCCCCUUCUCCUUCCAGCUCAACAUCCUGCAACCGAUGCGCCUCCUCGAGGAAAUGGAAAUCGACCCCUACGUCCACCUGCGUGCCUACGAUACCUGGGUCCUGAAUACCCUGUACGCCAAGUUCCGUGGGACCGCCUCCGGUCGUCUGUCGACCUGGGACGGCGGGCCCGAGCUCUGCGCUGUCCAUCCGCUUUGGUGUCUUGCUAACCACUCGUGUGAUCCGAAUGUUCGUUGGGAGUGGGGCGGGGAGAUCACUUUCGUUGCUCGUGCGGAGGGUGAGAGGGCUGUUUGGCAUUCUGCGCCUGAUGGUGCCUCCGUACCCUCUGGUUAUCGGAGGGAAGGAGCGGGGAUUCGCAAGGAUGAGGAGAUUCUGAACCAUUAUUGUGAUAUCGGGCUUGGGGUGCGGGAUCGUCGUGAGUGGGCGCGUGGUGCCCUUGGUGGGUUCUGUUUGUGCGAGAGGUGUCGGUUUGAGGCUGGCGAGUUGUGAUCGGGGUUUAAUUACAUUACAAGAAGGGGGGGUUAGUUGGGUGCUUUUGUUCGGAUAGAGAUAGAGUUUAGAGUUGAGAUACCCCUGUGGUGAUAGAUAUCUAUAUACUUUUUGUAUCACUA